UUCUGUUGCUUUCUUUGCUUUAAAGAAAGUUCUGAUUUUGUUUCAUUUUCAGCUGGACUUAAAUGGCACCAAGCAAAGUCUACUUAGUUUAGAUUUCCAGAAAUUGGAUGGUGACAAAUCAAGCAUGAAGCCUGCAGCUUUGUUUUAUUUUUUACUUCUUGUUAUUUUUCAUACUGAACUUGGACAAAAUAAAGAAACUCCUAGGAAGCAAAGGACAAAGAUGCAUUACCAAAGAUUAAAGAAAAGUUCUUUUCCCAAUCAUAGGUCAAAUAGACAACUUGAGGUACAGCAAACAACUAUUGCUACACCAGAAGCAAGAUUUCCAAUAGCUAGCUUUGAUUAUAGUAUGAAGGAAAAAUCUGAAUCCUUUUUAAGUCGUCUUGGAGAAGAAUCAAGCUAUAAUGUAUUACCAGGAAAAAAAGGGCACUGCUUGGUCAAAGGGAUGAUCAUGUACAACAAAGCUGUAUGGUCUCCUGAGCCUUGUACUACCUGUCUCUGCUCCAACGGAAGAGUGCUUUGUGAUGAAACUUUAUGUCACCCUCAGAUGUGCCCCCAAACAUUUAUACCUGAAGGAGAAUGCUGCCCCGUCUGCUCUGAUACUGAACAAAAAGAACCUACCACUUUACUUCAUAAGCAACUGCCAUCUACUCAGGUGGAAACAGCCAAAGAAUUACAAAAAGAAGAAUUUCAAUCUGAGGAGGAGGAAAAUGAAGAUGACAAUUUGGAGCAAAAGAAAAAAAUCCCUAUACCUCAACAUAGGGAGAAACUACACAAUGAAGAUCAGAGCAGAGAGAAAGAGCGAAAGGAGAAAUCUCAAGAGAAGGAGGAGCAGGUAUAUCAACAUUUAAAUCAAGGAAGGGAAGAGGAGGAAGAAGAGGAAGGAGAGGAAGAUGAAGAAGACCCUGCUGGAGGAGAUGUUUUCAGAAUGCCUUCUCAACUCCCAAUACCUGCCCCUUCUAGAGGCACGCUGUCUCUGCCAAGCAGAUGCUUCCUGUCUUAUAAGACCAUAAGCUGCAUAAACAUGGAACUCACACAGAUACCGCUACUAACAGCAUCGGAGAUAACAAAUCUGGAGCUAGCUGGGAAUUCCAUCACUUCUAUUCCAAAUGAAGCAUUUAAUGGAUUGCCUAACUUAGAAAGGCUUGAUCUGAGCAAAAAUAAUAUCACCUCUUCAGGCAUAGGUCCCAAAGCAUUCAAGCUUCUGAAGAAGUUAAUGCAUCUGAAUGUAGAUGGAAACAAUCUUAUACAGAUUCCUUCAGAACUGCCAUCUACAUUAGAAGAACUUAAAAUCAAUGAUAACAAUCUCCAGGCUAUCAAUGAAAACAGUUUAUCAGGCUUGAGUCAGUUAGUCACCUUAGAACUGGAAGGAAACAAUCUCAGUGAAACCAAUGUGAAACCUUUAGCUUUCAAACAUCUUAAGAACCUGUCCUACAUGCGUCUAGGAAAAAAUAAAUUUAGAAUUAUACCACAGGGUCUUCCUGCUUCUAUUGAGGAAUUACACCUGGAAAAUAACCAAAUUGAAGAAAUAACUGAAACUUGUUUCAAAUAUACAAGACUAAUAAGUGUCAUUGUACUUCGUUACAAUAAAAUUGAAGAAAACAGGAUUGCUCCUUUAGCCUGGAUAAAUCAGGAAAAUCUGGAAUCAAUUGAUCUCUCUUACAACAAAAUCUAUCAUGUCCCUUCCUAUCUACCAAAGUCCUUGCUGCACCUAGUGCUAAUUGGGAAUCAAAUUGAACGGAUUCCUGGCUAUGUGUUUGCUCACAUGGAGCCUGGCCUGGAAUAUUUGUAUUUGUCAUUUAACAAACUUGUGAAUAACGGAGUGGACCCUGUUUCUUUCUAUGGGGCAUACCAUUCUCUGAGAGAAUUAUUUCUGGAUCACAAUGAUUUCAAAUUCAUACCACCUGGGAUACAGGACAUGAAAGCACUACAUUAUCUGAGGCUGAACAACAACAAGAUACGGAAUAUUCUUCCAGAACAAAUCUGCAAAACUGAAGAUGAUGGCGAUUCAAGUUUGGAACAUCUUCAUUUUGAAAAUAAUUACAUUAAAACAAGAGAAAUAUCACCCUAUGCAUUUUCAUGUAUAAGAUCUUACUCAAGUAUUGUUCUUAAACCACAAAACAUCAAGUAA